CAGCAUCAGCCAGCAGAACAACAUCUUGACCGGUAUGUGCUACGUCAUGCUGUUCUGCUUCGUCAACUCUGGCUUGAGAUCUUACGAUGGCCCCUUCAUUCGGCCUCAUCCGGCACUCUGGAGAUGCGUCUUCGGCUGUAGCGUGGCCUACCUCGCGCUUCUGCUGUUUGUCCUGUUCCAGGACUACGCAACGAUCAGGGCGAUCGUCAUAUUUUUCUUCCCGGACGCAAAGAACUUCAAUAACGACAUGAUUGAGGGCACAUGGAGCGAAGACUGCUACCCGGUAACACUGGACAACAUCUGGAGCAAUAUGGACAUCUAUGUGGUGUCGCAUCUGCUCGGUUGGUCUCUGAAGGCGACAGUGGUGCGGCAUUACGGCGUGGUCUGGACCAUGUCCGUCAUGUGGGAAGUCACAGAGCUGCUGUUUAUUCAUCUGUUGCCGAUGCUCGCGGAAUGUUGGUGGGACAUCAUCGUCAUCGACAUGCUCAUCUCUAACGGCAUCGGCAUCUUCAUUGGGAUGCAGGCGUGUAGAUGGCUGGAGGUGCGCGAGUACAAGUGGGAGAGCAUCAAGGAUCCCUCGCCAUCGGACAGCAAGACAGGGUGUUCUCAGAGCCGGAGCCCCACGCCCAGUUCGGGGGUCCACGCGCACUGGAUGGACGUCAACAGCCGGUACAUGCGCGUGCUGUAUGUCUCCGUGAUGGUCGUCUCCUCGUCGAUGGUCGAUCUCAACGCGUUCCUCUUGAAGCACGUGCUGCAGCUGCCGAUCGGCAGUCUCUUUCACCCCGGCCGUCUCUGUUGCUGGAUGGCUACAGCUGCACCGACCAUCAGCCAAGUUCAUCUGUACGUGACGGACCGGCGUUGCGAGCGACUCGGCCUCCAGGUCUGUGUCAGCAUCUGGGUCUUGCUUACCGAGGUGCUCGUCUGCGUCAAGCACGACCGCGAGUUCUUCCAGCGGGCGGCGGUGGCAAACCUCCUCGUCUGGCUGGCGCUGCACAUAGCUCUCACCGGUUGCUGUCUCUGGCUCUGCGAGGUGUGGAACCAGCGCUCGGCGGGCGUCGAGGUGCGGACCGGAGGGCGAGGCCAUGGGUCGGUAGGCAUGCGAAGGGGCGAUGAAACGAAUCACCGUCGGGCCCGAAAGUCUCUUCGCUAGCUGGUGCGUAGCGUGGACACUGCUGUGUGUGCUGGUUGGUUCCAUAGUUCUUUCGAGACCACUGAGUGCUUUUCGAUAUGUAUUCAAGAUUGGUCAAUGCAUGUUAGCAAUGUCGCAAAUAGGAAGCAUGAAUAGUGACGCGUUCCCAGUCAAGGAUAUAGGACGGACAAGGCUGAAAUAAUGGCCGCUCUGGGCAGAGGCUGCCAAAGGCCGCGAAAGGUUCUCAGCUUCCCUUCAACCCUUGGGUUUGGGCGUUUCUGGGUUCCCUUGGGAGCUUCGCGCGACAGUCGUGGUGACGCUCUGUGCCGGCGAUAAUGCUGAUGCUGUUUCAGCGGUGGUAGGAUGGGCACUGUAUCCGAGUGGAGGGUGUAAUUUUCAGUGGUGACUACGGUAUUGCGUGUGAUUGUAGUGCUGCUGUUGAUGCAUUGUAUUUGUCGAGCGGUGGCUUGCAGUCUUGAGCAGGAAGUUGCAAGUGUCUUCCGAAUAUCCUUCUGCGGACAGGGACACAGCUUCACAAAGCCUGUCCGGACACCACGGUUCCAGCAACGGUCCAUAUUGUGUUGCGGUGCACAAUGCCGGUGCUGCGCU